AUGAGGUCCUCUCUGGUCUCGUUGCUCCUUGUGGGAGUCGUGAGGCUGGUGUCUGGAUCUGCGUUCACCGACGCCUUGGGCGCGGCCCCGCAGUGUGCUGUUACCUGCGCUCUCAAGGCUCUGCCUCAGUCACCCUGCACCAUCGAUAAUACAACAUGUCUGUGUACGAAUCCUGUGUUCAAUGGCUUCGUGGGAGACUGCGUAAAGACGGCAUGCACCGUUCAGGAGGCGCUCACCGUCACAAAUCUGACAUGGUCGGCAUGCGGAUUCCCACUGACUGAUACGACGAACACGGCACGAUACACGUUGAUUUUCUUGCUCAUCCUACCGGUCUCGUUCUUUGCCGUCCGGAUGAUCGCGAGAGGCCUACAUCUGACAACAUGGGGAGUCGAGGACACGACGAUCGUGCUGGCUUUUAUAUUCUUCCUGCCUUUUGUGCCAAUAACAUUCGUCAUGUUGAAUUAUGGCCUUGGCCAAGACAUUUUUAAGCUGCACCCCUAUCAAAUCACAAUGUUUCUAAAGUUACUCUUUGUCCUCCAAUUGUUUUACAUCCUCGACCUUGCGGUAAUCAAGGCCUCGAUCAUAUGUCUCUACCUCCGAGUCUUCAGCAUCAGAAAGUUCAGAACAGUUUUGUGGUGCACGCAGGGCUUCAACUUCCUCCUUGGAUUCUCCUACGUCCUCCUGAGCCUGGUCCAAUGCCAGCCACUUAACCACUAUUGGAACGGAUGGGACGGCCGGCAUCCCGGCAAGUGUGCCGAUCUCAACUUGAUCGGACUUACCCAUGUCGGGCUCAACAUUGGGCUGGACGUUUGGAUGCUCAUUCUGCCAGCGUCCCAAGUAUACAAGCUGAACCUUCCCUUGAAGAAGAAGUUGGGAGUCAUGGCAAUGUUUGGCGUUGGCGUCUUCCUCACAAUUGUGAGCAUUAUCCGCAUCAAAAGCUUAUUGGUCUUUGCCACAUCUUUCAACAUCACUGCUGAGACUCUCUGGGGUAUCAUCUGGUCUUACGUCGAGCUCUGCGUCGGAAUCUCCGUCGCCUGCAUGCCAGCCGCCAGACAGCUUGCAGUCAAGUUCUUCCCGAAGCUCAUCGACCUGACCCGCCAGAGCCUGACGAGGUCUACGAGAUCUGCUAGAUCGACCCAAAACACAAACACCGAACUGCGACCCGUAUCCAACAGUCGAAAAUCUAUGAAACACAACUACGCCCAAAAGCGCUACUUUCACGAUAGAUGGAUCGCGGCAGCAGGAAUGAAGUCGAAGCAGCUCUUCUCUGUACAGCACGAGUACUGGGCGAGGUGA